GGCGGCGGCGGUGGUUACUAUGGCGGAGUCGGCCGGAGCCUCCUCCUUCUUCCCUCUUGUUGUCCUCCUGCUCGCGGGCAGCGGCGGGUCUGGGCCCCGGGGGAUCCAGGCUCUGCUGUGCGCAUGCACCAGCUGCCUACAGGCCAACUACACGUGUGAAACAGAUGGGGCCUGCAUGGUUUCCAUUUUCAACCUGGAUGGGAUGGAGCACCAUGUGCGCACCUGCAUCCCCAAAGUGGAGCUGGUCCCCGCGGGGAAGCCCUUCUACUGCCUGAGCUCAGAAGAUCUGCGUAAUACCCACUGCUGCUACACUGACUUCUGCAACAAGAUCGACCUGAGGGUGCCCAGUGGUCACCUCAAGGAGCCUGAGCACCCUUCCAUGUGGGGCCCUGUGGAGCUGGUGGGCAUCAUUGCCGGCCCCGUGUUCCUCCUGUUUCUCAUCAUCAUCAUUGUUUUCCUCGUCAUUAACUAUCAUCAGCGAGUCUACCACAACCGCCAGAGACUAGACAUGGAGGACCCCUCGUGUGAAAUGUGUCUCUCCAAAGACAAGACGCUCCAGGAUCUCGUCUACGAUCUCUCCACAUCAGGGUCUGGCUCAGGGUUACCUCUUUUUGUCCAGCGCACAGUGGCUCGAACCAUCGUCUUACAGGAGAUCAUUGGCAAGGGCCGGUUUGGGGAAGUCUGGCGCGGCCGCUGGAGAGGAGGUGAUGUGGCUGUGAAAAUUUUCUCUUCGCGUGAAGAACGGUCUUGGUUCCGGGAAGCAGAAAUAUACCAGACAGUCAUGCUGCGGCAUGAAAACAUCCUUGGAUUUAUUGCUGCUGACAAUAAAGAUAACGGCACCUGGACACAGCUGUGGCUCGUCUCUGACUACCACGAGCAUGGCUCUCUGUUCGAUUAUCUUAACCGGUACACAGUGACGAUCGAGGGGAUGAUCAAACUGGCCCUGUCUGCUGCUAGUGGGCUGGCACACCUGCAUAUGGAGAUUGUGGGUACGCAAGGGAAGCCUGGAAUUGCUCACCGAGACUUGAAGUCAAAGAACAUCUUGGUCAAGAAAAAUGGCAUGUGUGCCAUUGCAGACCUGGGCCUGGCUGUUCGUCAUGACGCAGUCACUGAUACCAUUGACAUUGCACCCAAUCAGAGGGUGGGAACCAAACGAUACAUGGCUCCUGAAGUGCUUGAUGAAACCAUAAACAUGAAACACUUUGACUCCUUUAAAUGUGCUGAUAUCUAUGCCCUCGGGCUGGUAUAUUGGGAGAUUGCACGGAGAUGCAAUUCUGGAGGAGUGCAUGAAGACUAUCAACUGCCAUAUUAUGACCUAGUGCCCUCUGACCCUUCCAUUGAGGAAAUGCGAAAGGUUGUAUGUGAUCAGAAGCUACGUCCCAACAUCCCCAACUGGUGGCAAAGUUAUGAGGCAUUACGGGUGAUGGGGAAGAUGAUGCGGGAGUGUUGGUAUGCCAACGGAGCAGCCCGCCUGACUGCCCUGCGCAUUAAGAAGACCCUCUCGCAGCUCAGCGUGCAGGAAGAUGUGAAGAUCUAACCCUGUUCCCCCUCCCCCUACACGCAACCGUGGGCAGCGAGAACUACACAUACAGCUGCUGUGUUGAGCGUACAAUGGAGGCCUACCUCUCGUUUCUGCCCAGCCCUCCGUGGCCAGGACGCCUGGCCCGCAAGAGGGACAGAGCCCGGGAGACUCGCUCACUCCCAUGUUGGGUUUGAGACACAGACACCUUUUAUAUUUACCUCCUAAUGGCAUGGAGACUCUGAGAGCGAAUCGUGUGGAGGACUCAAUGCCACGACUCAAACUGGUUGUAUUGGGAAGUUCUGCAAGCCCUGGCACACCUGGCGAACAGUCGAGAGCCAGUGAAAGGGGCAGCCUGGGAGGGGCUGGAAGGAGCCGAGUCGUUGCCAGUGCUGAGCAGCACUGACGGUUUUCCUUCAGGGACCAACCCAUCGCACACUGGAGAGGCCCACAGGGCCCAAAGGGCAGCCCCUCUCCAGGCAGCUGUAAGCCAAGUGUUCCCCUCCUCCCUCGCACGGACAUCUGGAGGGGUUGCCAGUGGAGACCCAAUCUGCCACUUGUCUGUCCAGCCGUGUGUGCAUGUGCCGAGGUGCGUCCCCUGUUGUGCCUGGUCCGUGCCACGCCCUUACGUGUGUGUGUGUGUGUGUGUGUGUGUAGGUACACACUUACCUGUUUGAGCUUCUGUGCAUGUGCAGGUCUGGGGUGUGGUUGUCCUGCCAUCUCUGCGUGCCGGUACCUCUGUGUUCAGUAGUGAGAAGCAUCUAGUUCUCUGGUGCCCGUCCCUGGAGGGCCCCUUCCCCUCCACCAGAGCCCCUGUGCCAUGGUGGGACUCCUUUCCCACAGGCUGCUCUGCCCACCCGCCCCUGUGCCAGCACAGCUCUCCUCCAUUUUAGACUGGAACCAAAGCUGGCCCAGUUGUCCAUGGCAGAAGGCUUUUGGGUCACAGUGUCAGAGAGAGGGUGGGGAUGGGCAGGGAAAGAAUCUUGGCAAAAGUCUUGGGUGUUGUCAUUAGCGACCUCCGUGGGGAAUGAGCCAGCCCAAGGGCAUCCUCCCCAGCAGCCCGAGGAAGGGCCCGGGAAUUUGAAGCCCAGAUCUUGGGACUCGGUUGGAAUGCCCCAUCUGUCUUUCCUGCCCAGAUUCUGGAAACAGCAGUGUAUAUUUUUGGUGGUGGUGGGUUUAGGGUGGGGAGGGGGCCGGGGGCAAGGAGUGGGGAGGGAGUCUGGGGCGGGCGGGAGGCAUCUGCAUGGGUCUUAUUUACUGGAUGAUCUGAUCAGGGUGGAGGGACGAUGUGAGAUUUGCAUCUACUUCAGGGGCCCUACUAAGGAGGGAGCAGCCUGAGCUGAACAUGUUAUUUAACCUGACUGUAGUAUUUAAUGACGUCUAGAAGCACGGUUGUGGGUGGUGAUUUGGUCAGCGUAUCUUAGGUAUGUAAUAACUUUGAAGCCAUAACUUUUAACUGGAGUGGUUUGAUUUUUUUUUUUUUUUAAUUUUAUUGGGAGGGUCUGGAUAUUUUUUUUUAAAUAAUGUUAAGUUUCGUAAAAGGAAAACCAUCUCUAUGUGAUGAUUACCUCUCAAUUUAUUUCUUUUUAAAAGAAAUCCCUA